AUGAGUAAUUCAAACCAAAAUGGUUUAACAAGCCCAAUAUCUACAGCUCCAGGGAGGCAUGGAGGAGCACCUCAAUAUUCAUUCAAUUCUGAUGGGUCUUUAAUGACCAACGGUGAGCCAGUGAAUGGCAUCAACAAAACAGUCAUUCUUGAAAUCCCUAGUGGAUUUGAUGUCAUAAGUUGUGUGGUGCAAUUUGCACUGCAUUUCGGGCUUGCUGUAACUGUGCUUACUGGCCAGGGACUCAUUUCUGAGGUUGAUAUUGCGUAUCCACUCAAUGCAAUCCCUCCCCCAUGCGUUUCUACAAGCUUCCACAUAAUUUCGUUUUCUGGGGCUUACCAUGCUGCAGGUAAUGUUAUGGGAGGACAAAUUCUCUCUCAGAUGAAAGCAGCAAGUGUUGUUACUCUUGUUCUUGCCGUUUCUACACAAGUCUGA